AAAGUGUCCACAACCACAAUCACCUUUCAAACCACAACCCGCAACUCACAUUCCUUUGCAAAGCAACUGCGCGUCGAUAUCUCAUGCGCUCGAUAGUCUUUGGAACAAUCACUUGAGCACUUCUUCGUUUACCUUCGCGCAGUCGCCCACAAGUCGCGGCACGAGAUCACUGCCCACCCCUACAAUUCUUUCCAGCCAUGGCUUCUCCCAGACCCUCCUCACCUCUGACCUCUGGCCCUGAAUCCGGUCCCGAUUCCACUCCGUCCGCUGCCAAAACCAGUGGUUCGUCCUCGAUCGCACGCGCAGGCUCGCCUCCUGGAGGUCCUCGAUCUGCUAUUCGACGUCGCGCAGCUGCCGACCACAAGGAAUCAGUCAAGAAUGCUCGACCAGCCUCAACACGCGCCGCCGGCGCAGGUGGUUCCUCAGGCACUAUGCUGAGGCUAUACACCGACGAGAGCCCAGGGCUCAAGGUUGACCCCAUGGUUAUUUUGUUUCUGAGUUUGGGUUUCAUUUUCAGCGUGGUCGCCUUGCAUCUCAUCGCGAAGGUUACGAAGAGAUUCUCCUAGACUUAUCUGGCAAAACACGGACAAGCGGGUACACGGGAUGCAGACAAAAGCUCAAGUUCAGUCAUAUUUUGUAUAGUACCGACAAGUGGUUGCAAAUCACCAUGCAAGGCUAUCCCAUCUUUCAAGCUUUGAUAGCAGAAAUACCGACAACGGCCUCGGAGUUGAUUCGAGCUUUGUGAAAAGAAGGAUUACAGAUGAAUACGGCGCGUUGUGAAGGAGUCUGAGGAAUAAAUGAUCACUUCUUGCUCCUGUCCAUUCAAGACCACUGGCCAGUUCUGCCAGAAUUCUGAAGAGUUUUUUCGUGCCUAUUGAAGUUUUGUUUCGUAAAGAAGACGAAGAACGCUGUAGGGUCUGCUGGGCGUAUUGAAUGUGACCACUUCUC